UUACUGCGGCCUGGGCUCCUCACCGCCGCAGUACGCAAGCGCACAACAUCUCCGUUUCCCUGCCCAGUUCCUGAACCCCACUACCUCUCCUUUCCCCUUCAAGAAGCCGGCGCCUGGACGCACUCCUCCCAGGAGGAGGCCACAGGCCACAUUUGGUAGGCGCGCUGUCUGCUUUCGGAUUAUCAUGUACCAGCCCAGCAGGGGGGCAGCCAGGCGUCUCGGCCCCUGCCUCCGCGCAUACCAGGUUCGCCCCCAGGUGGGAAAGGUGGCCACACCCCCAGUGGAGACGGCGCCUCGGGGACAGAGCCCAUGCAGCCCACUCGUCUUCCGGAGUGACCCCUCCAGUUCCUGGAGGAGCGAAGGAACUCAGGACCAGCUUUCUCCAUGGGCUCUGCCAUUCCCACCCCUGUGGCCCCACUCCAUGACUUCCACUUCUCCACAUUCUCUUCUCUGGUUGCCCCCAAUCCCACGCCCUCCCACUUGGCUGCUUCCCUGGGCUCCCCCACUACCUCUCCUUCAGACCCAGGCCCUCAGCUCACCAUGGGUCAUUCUCCCUCCACCAAAGGGGGAGGAGGGACCAGGACCUGAGUUGCAUAGUGGCUGCCUGGAUGGACUUAGGAGCCUAUUUGAGGGACCUUCCUGCCCCUAUCCUGGGGCUUUGAUAUCUUUCCAAGCCCCCGUGACUGCCCGCCCUUCCCCUGCCACUCCAUCUGGAGAUCCGAGUAUGGAGGAGCACCUGGCUGUCAUGUAUGAAAGACUGAGACGAGAGCUUCCCAAUUUCUUCCUUCACUCCCAUGACUACACUCUCUACUCAUCGGAUGUUGAAUUCAUCAAUGAGAUCCUGAACAUACGUACCAAGGGUCGCACAUGGUAUAUUCUGUCACUAACCCUCUGCCGCUUCCUGGCCUGGAACUAUUUUGCACAACUUCGGUUGGAGGUUCUACAGUUGACCCGCCACCCCGAGAACUGGACCCUGCAAGCCCGUUGGAGGCUUAUGGGGCUACCCAUCCACAUGCUCUUUUUGCGUUUCUACAAGCGUGACAAAGAAGAGCUUUACCGGACCUAUGAUGCCUACUCCACUUUCUACCUGAAUUCUGACGGCCUCAUUUGUCGCCAUCACCUAGACAAACUGAUGCCUUCACACACACCCUCAACACCUGUGAAGAAGCUGCUUGUGGGAGCCUUGGUGACUCUGGGGCUGUCAGAGCCAGAACCCAGCUUACGCCUGUGUCCCAAAGCCUGAUCCAGGAACAGGUGUGGGCAGCACUGAAAACUGCUAUGCACAUGAGGUGGAGGUGGAACACCUAGCUUCUUCCCCUCUUCCCUCUCUCCUUCCUUCUUAUGCUGUGUAAAGCUGUUGUGUAAUUUAAUUUGUAAAUAAUAAAGUCUAAGUGAAAAUAUGA